UUUGCUGUCGCAUAUAUGGCGUUCAACUUCACUAGCGCCCUCUUGGGCUUCGUGAAUAUGGCGUCGACUUUCAAGCAGGAUAUGCCGCCGAAAGGUGGCUAUCCACCAAUUGAUUACAAGCGAGUUCUUCCCAAGAGGGGAAUGUCUGGUUACAUGAUGUUUGCUACCUGUGCUGCUGUUUCGGCUAUUGGAAUAUUUUUCUAUGGCAGACACAACCGGAAACGAAGAUUGUGGGCCAGAGAGGAAUAUGAAUGUUUCAUUGGUAUUACUCCUCUCUUAAAAGCUGAGGAUGAUCGACAGACGCUGAAACUGCUGAAAAGUAACUUGGAGCAAGAAGCCAUCAUCAUGAAGGAUGUUCCUGGGUGGAAGGCAGGAGAGAGUGUCUAUGAAUCCAAGCGUUGGAUUGAUCCCAUGUUACUUGAUCUUUACUACCUCCAUCCCAGGAAAGUCAGAGAAAAGGAGUCCUUUGGAUUCUCUACCUAUGUAUGAGGUUGUUGUUACUAUGGUUAGACAGCACCAAUUGCUUUGUUUACAGUGAGUUCAAUUUAAAGCUAGGAGGGUGACCAUAGUGAAAACAGUUGAACUAGUUGUGAUAAAAACUUAUGCAGUGCGUUCUUUGUAGCAUACAGCUGUUGCUAAUUUAUGCAGAAAAGGUUUUUCAAUUAGCCUUGCAGGACUUUUGUCAUACACCUGAAAACUUUUUUUUAUGAAAGGUUGCAAAUUACCAUCAACCCUUACCCCUUGCUCCAUUCAUGUUUGCUGUGUUGGCCAUGCAGUAUUUGAACUGAUUUGGGAUGGUUCUGAGCAGAAAUCCAGAAGGAAUUAGGACAUCAGAAAAUUGAUUAACCUAGUUGAAAGGUUAAUGACUUAUUGUCGUGCAUUUCCCAGAAAUUCCCACAUCUUCCAACCACGUUUUCAUCUCCAGCAUGAUGAUAAUGUAUUUACUACGAUAAAUUAGGAUGUUUGUGAGUAUGAGUGAUUGCCUUGAUUACCAUUUAACAUGUUGGGAUUUGAUUGCAUGUUUAAAAAUGUUCACUGCUUAGUGGUUCCAGUAAGAUUAAUUUUUUCCAUGUGUGUGUUUCAUGAGACAGUGUCACGCACCAGACCACAGAGGAGACAUAAGUUGUAAAUAAAACUAUCGAUCCGGUUUUGAAUCGAAACAAAGAGAUUUAGGCCUGUUUUUGUGUUACUCUGCAGUCUGCCAUGUAUCAUACAUGCACGAGAAAUUCAGUGUUUAUGAUGGUUAUGCAAAAGAGUUAUAUGAUUUACUGGAAUCAUUGGAGUAAUUCCUCUCAGAUGUAUGUAUGUACUGUCACAGGUUUCCUCUUGUAAUUUUGCAUGGUGUUAAGUCCCCUAACACUGACCUUAUACAUGUUGAGUCAUUCAAAAUUUACUGAUUUGUUUUCUGCCUUUUCACUUUAAUCCUGGUAAAAUGUUAAAAUAUGCUGUUUAUAUGCCAAUUAAAACACACUCAAGAAAGAUGAA